AUGAUUUUUUCCCCCUGUAGAAAUCCUGCUGAGCCCUCGAACCAUGGGAAUAAUGUAUACGCCGCUAAAAGCGUCGGACGAUUAGAAAGAAUUUUAAGAUCAGAUAAUAUGAAUAUAUUUCAAGAAUAUGCAGGCUUACAAGGUCAAGUGCCUACUAACGUGAUGGAAGGUAUGACCAACGUUUCUGGGUUAAGCACCCCAUUAAACAUUCAAAUUAUACAGGAGCAACAAGAACAGUAUGAAGAACAGCUGGACGAGCUAAUUGAUAAAAUAACCGAUACGUGGAAUGACACAUUUAUAAAUAUGGUAGAAGAUUACAUCGAUUUCACAGAACGAAAUAAUAUUAUAGAUGGGGAAUGGAAAUGCCAAAUGUGGAAUCAAAGAUGGUACAGAUAUUUACAGUACUUAGUGGGUAGUUUGAACGAAGUUAUUGAGAAUGAUAACUACCCCUUGGAAACAAAGGAGUACAUUUCAGAUGAAUUCCUGCAUUGGGCUAACCAUGAUUUUAUAUGGUUUUUAAGUAUAGUUAAAGCAGAGUGGGAUAGAAGAGUGGAGCUGCGUGGACCCCCACAAGUACGAGCUUAA